AUCACUGUUAUAUUACUUAUUUUGAAAGUUAUGAGUCAUUCACCGAAUGAAGAUAAUAUUUUUGAUUUUGAAAUUCGUAGGCAAGCGUAAAUAUGUUGUUUAAUACUUACACAAGUAUGCACCAAGGAGUUCAAUAAACUAAGCCUCUUUAAUUGAAGGAACUUCAAUUGAUGUAUUGUGCACUAAUGUGCAAAAUUGUCCAAUUAGUAAUAAAAAAACCCGUAUUUCAUGCAAGAUGCACAAAAUGUAAGGUACAGUUGAUGUGCGCCUAAUAUUAUUAGCAGGCGGAUAGUAUCGAGAAUAUUGUUGUGGUUAUUAAAUAGAUAUAUUAUACAGAUUAUAGAGGUUUUUUUUUGCACGGCAUUCGGACGCUGAGGUACUAACUGUUUAUAAAAACUCGCCAAUAUUAAACUUCUACAAUUCACAUAAUAUAGGCCCAUAGGCAGACUAAAAAAAAUUGUUGGGGGAGGGGGGGGGGGCUAGCGAGAGCCCACUCGGUCACUCCCAUAAUGUCUCUUUAUUCGAAUCGCGUGAAUUUUGGCUUCUGACAAUGCAGGUCAAGAGAUUCUUUUUAUUUAUAUACAUUUUCCUUUAUUUGUGAGAUUAUAAAUAUGUCAAAACUGUGUUUAUAUGUGAAUUAUUUUACUAUGGUUAUGUGACCAUCAUAACGACAAUACUGUCAAAUGUAUUUUUGUGUGUUGGUAUAAUUUUGAUUUGUAUCGUGUCGCACUGUUUUUCGGAAUCAUUAACGAUGGAUGCCUACGACAGAGAACCGUGCCCAAUGCGAGUUAUGGAUGAUAUCGGCAAUGGGUUUGCCUUGGGCCUCAUCGGUGGAGGAAUAUUCCAGGCGGUUGAGGGUUUCCGAAACGGGCCGGCCGGGUUCAGAAGGCGUUGCAACAGCGCUUUUCAAUCGGCCACCACCCGUGCUCCGGCCAUGGGCGGAACAUUUGCUGUUUGGGGUGGCCUGUAUGCCGCCAUUGAAUGCACAAUGGUCGGCAUCAGGAAGAAAGAGGACCCAUGGAACACGAUUACAAGCAGCGCUCUGGCCGGCGGCAUCCUGGCCGCAAGAAAAGGGCUUCGAUCGAUGGCGAAAAACGCGUUUGGUAGUGCCGCAUGUAUGGCAGCUUACGAAGCCUACGGCUGGUACUCGGAGUACAGGUCAGCCGAAAAAUUUAGACCGCGAGCGCCAAAAUAUGACGACUAACAACGCGCCCACCCAGAGACUCGAUUAUGCCCGGGAUGACGCUAUUGACUAUGGUCGAUAGUUUGCCUUUUUGAGAGCAGCAACUAAAGCUAUCAUAGCCAACCACGUUUGGGUUUUUGGACCGCUGUGUUUAAAAAAAUCCGCGUCAAAGCCGAGGCUGUCUUGUCGAUCUCAUGUUGCCAAUAAUUGCCGCCUUCACUUUAAAAGCUGCACUAUAUGGCGCCAGAGCGCGGGGCUAGUUAUUUGUUUCUUGUUUGGUAAUUUUCUUCCACAGUCUUUUU